CUUAAUCUUUUUGCAUUAGCCAUAGCGCUUAAGCUCGGCUAGCUAACAGCAACAAACACAGCAGCCGAGACGUAAGUCUGGAGCUUUCGCCAAACGCAAAUUCAAUAUCCAGGGCUAAAAUGGCCUCUUUAGGAGAACCUGUGCGUCUGGAAAGAGACAUAUCUCGUGCAAUUGAGCUGCUGGACAAACUCCAGAGAACAGGGGAAGUGCCUCCCCAGAAGCUGCAGGCACUGCAGAGGGUUUUGCAGAGCGAAUUCUGCAAUGCCGUACGGGAGGUAUAUGAGCAUGUGUAUGAAACGGUGGACAUAAAUAGCAGCCCAGAGGUGAGGGCGAAUGCAACAGCUAAGGCUACAGUGGCUGCAUUUGCAGCCAGUGAGGGUCAUUCUCACCCACGUGUGGUAGAGCUCCCUAAAACCGAGGAAGGACUGGGGUUUAACAUCAUGGGUGGGAAAGAGCAAAACUCGCCCAUCUACAUCUCCCGCAUCAUUCCUGGAGGCAUCGCCGAUCGACACGGCGGCCUGAAGAGAGGAGACCAACUGCUGUCCGUUAAUGGAGUGAGUGUAGAAGGAGAGCACCACGAGAAAGCUGUGGAGCUGUUGAAGGCUGCUCAGGGUACAGUGAAGCUGGUGGUACGGUACACCCCUAAAGUCCUGGAAGAGAUGGAGUCGCGCUUUGAGAAGUUGAGGUCUGCCAAACGCCGGCAACAGAACAGCUACCCCCAGUAGGGCGUCUCGCCCGAGCCCCUUCGCCCCUCCCAUCUCUCUUUCUCUGUCAUUGUCUUUAAUUCUCCUGCCAUCUGUCUUCCUCGUUCACACUCGCUCACCCCCUUUCUCCAGCCAGGGAUUAGCCACAUGUUUGGCACUCCUUUUUGUGAAAAAUUUUCUAAAUCCUCACCUCCUCAACAGUUUUUUAACAGUCUUUUCACACACUUCUUUCUCAUAGCAUGAACACUACUACUUCAUUGGCUCUGGAUGUUGUCACGUAGACGUCACACACACACACACACAUGCACUACUGGUGCAUUACUAAGAAUGUACUGUCAUUUGGGAUGUUGAUUAGUUAGAUAUGCAAGGGGACCAUUGCAAUGUUCAACUCCUGAGGUGUUCUGAAUGAAAAUGUCAAAAAAGUGCCUCAAGAGAUUUACAAAAAAGUCUGCAGCCCCCACUACGUCCCACCGUAGGCUGUUUUUUGGUCCAAGCACAAAAUGAAUGAACACUACCACCUUGUUAAAAUGCUAAAUGACUGUAAGUUUCAUCAUCUUAAAAUAAUGUAUCAUUGAGUGAAGGGACGUUAUGAUCUAAAAUAUGUUAAAAUCUCAUUUUGAGUCUCCAGAGAGAGUGGUGACACAAGCAUCCCAUCAGUGCUGCGGUUUCAGACACAAAAUGUCAGCUCCUGUACAGAAAAUGCCAGACUGAUAUUGUUUACUGACCCAAACUGAUUGACUCUUCACAUGUUUACAGUACAAACUGACACGUUUUUUUUUUUUUUUUCAUGACUGUGUCACAGAAAAAAAAUGCUGUGAAAAUCGACAGUAACUGGCUUUUCAGCUCAGUACCAUCAAGAAUAUGAGUUUGUUUAGACUCUUCAAGAGCCACAAACAUGUUACAUGCGCUCCCGAUUAUUGAAAAUAUGUGAAUGAAGUGUUAUGAAUAGGUCAACCAAACAGCAGAUCGGAGGAGAUGCUUGUGGCACUGUUUGGGUAAAUAGAAAUGAGUUUAAAAUAAAACUUUUAUUGUAGCAUAUGCCCCUUAAAGCACACAGAAACCCAAUGAAGCAGUCAUUAGCUCUAAUUCAGGCUUGCGUUCCAGUUUUUGUUUGUAGAAUUGAAGAUUUUAAUUUAAAUCCGCACAGCAGAAACACUACGUUUAAAACCGCAGGGGGAAUUUUAUUGUUUUAUGGCUUUGUUUUAUCGUCUGUUGUUUCAUAACGCUUUCUGAAUGUUAAUGUGGCACUUGCCUUUCAGUCAGCUGUGGGUCCAUGUUACACCCAGUUCACGCUGAUCAUUACAAAGAUCUGCAUCGUGUUUCAGAAUCGGUUCACUUAAACGGUUAUAUUAGCAUAUCAUGAGGUAGCAACUGAGCGUAAUGCUAGCAAAACAGCAAUGAAUGCAUAAAUGAAUGUUAAAGAAUCAACCUUAAUUUCCAUUCGUUAUAUACGAGGCAUGUCUAAAUGAAGCUCAUGUGAGUUUUUUUUAUUAAUUGGUGCUGUCAUUUCCAUUUUGUCUUGUUUUUUUUUUCCAGGCUCACUUAUGAUCACUUAUUUUUCUGAAAAAUCAUCAGAUUUUAAUUUAAAAACAUCAGUGUCUACAGGAAAAGAGAUGCAGAUCUGAAGCUGAGCUUUUAUCAGGUCUCUCCAGAUGAUUCAGUGACCAAAAAAAAACUGCAGAUUACUUCAGAUUCAUUCAUUUUAAAGAUUUAACUGACUUAUUUUUAGCUAAAUCCUGAUUUGUCAAGAUCCAUGUUUUAAAAGUAGUUUCACACUGCACUUUCUCUUUGUACUCAUUUUCACAUGUUAAAAAAUGCAACGCGCUUGAUGUAUUUUUAACCUCAAAUGCAGGUAUUUUCAGUGUCUGACAAGCUUGGAAAAAAACAGUCUAUUUUUCUCAGUCUCUCAUAAAAUAUUUAACGUGUCUAAUUAUAGAGGCCCAUGACUCACCCCGAGCUGUGAGUUACGUAGGUGUUUUGGGGGUGAGAGAUAAAAGGGAGGUCUGAUGUCUUGCAUGAAGGAAUCAUUUGUGUUAUUGACAAAAAAAAAAGAAGCAUCAAGAAUCAAGCGAUCUCUUUCCUUUCUGUGGUGCUCAGGUUGGUUCUUUCAACAAUAUCAUGACUUUUAAAGCAUCAUGUAUCACAAGAGCAAUAAUGAGACAUGAUCCGUUUCCUGUCAGCAUCAUCUGAAACAGGUUACUGGCUCCCCAUUCAUACUCGGAUUUGUCCACGGGGGGGCUGACUAA